GGUCCGCGUGCGAGGGCAUCCCCUGUGAGGGAUAUCUGGGACUGAGAACCGCUCCGCCCUGCGUUGCCUAGAUUCCCCGCCGUCCCGGCGCGGCCUCUGUCGGCCGAGAGCCUAGGCCGAUGCUCUGGGCACUGUGGCGCGGUCUCGGUGUCCCUCCGCGUCUCCGUGUCGCUAUCCUGCUGGGGAUGCGCGUGAACAACGUCUACGAUGUGGACACUCGGACGUACUUGGUCCGACUGCAACGGCCUGACGCCAAGGCUGUGCUUCUCAUCGAGUCUGGCACGCGGCUUCACACCACCGAGUUUGAGUGGCCCAAGAACAACAUGCCCUCCGGCUUCUCCAUGAAGUGCCGUAAGCAUCUCAAGUCGCGGCGCCUCGUGAGCGUAGAGCAGCUGGGCACGGACCGCGUCGUCGACCUCCAGUUCGGCUCCAACGAGGCGGCGUACCACCUCAUCGUGGAGCUCUACGACCGGGGCAAUGUUGUGCUGACGGACCACGAGUUCACCAUCCUGAACCUGCUGCGGUUCCGCACGGACGAGUCGAUGGACGUGAAGCUGGCCGUGCGCGAGCGCUACCCUCGCGACGCCGCCGCACUCGCGGUGCAAGCGCCGCUCUCCAUGGAGCGGCUGACGGAGAUCCUCGAAGCGGCAUCGAAGGGCGACCUACUGAAGCGGGUGUUGAACCCCCACAUGACGCCUGGUCCUGCGGUCAUUGAGCACUGCCUCCUGCAGGCCGGCCUCCCCGAGGGGGCCAAGCUGGGCCAAGGGUUCGAUCUCACGCGAGAUCUGCCCAAGGUCCUGCAGGCAGUCGCCCUGUCGGAGGAGUUCAUGGAGAGAGCCAGCGACUUUCAGGGAAAGGGCUACAUCAUCCAGAAGCGAGAGAAGAAACCGAGCGUCGACGCAACGCAGCAGCCCGAGGAGCUGCUCACGUAUGAGGAGUUCCACCCAUUCCUGUUUGCGCAGCACUCACGUGGGCCCUACCUGGAGAUGGACAGCUUUGAUAAGGCCGUGGAUGAGUAUUUCUCCAAGAUGGAAGGACAGAAGAUCGACAUAAAGGCACUGCAUCAGGAGAAGCAGGCACUCAAGAAGCUGGAUAACGUGCGCAAGGACCACACGAGGCGGCUGGACGCCCUGCAGCAGGCGCAGGAGGAGGACCGGCGCAAGGCGGAGCUGAUCGAGGUGAACCUGCUGGUGGUGGAGCGCGCCAUCACGGUGGUGCGCAGUGCCCUGGCCAACCAGCUGGACUGGGCCGAGAUCGGCGCGCUGGUGCGCGAGGCCAGCGAGCAGGGCGACCCUGUGGCCUGCGCCAUCAAGGCCCUGAAGCUCAACACCAACCACAUCACCAUGGCGCUCAGUAACCCGUACACUGGGGCUGGUGGUGAGGACGGCUCAGACGGUGAGGCCGGCGAUGGUGAGGCCGUAAAAGCGACAAAGCAGCAGCACAAGCGGCAGAAGCCUCAACAGGGACGCCCGGCGCUCAUAGACAUCGACCUGAGUCUGUCCGCCUACGCAAACUCCAAGAGGUAUUACGAUCACAAGAGACACGCCGCCAAGAAGGAGCAGAAAACCAUUGAGGCAUCAGAAAAGGCAUUCAAGUCUGCCGAGAAGAAGACGCGACAGACUCUCAAGGAGGUGCAAGUCGUGAGCUCCAUCCAGAAGGCGCGCAAGGUCUACUGGUUCGAGAAGUUCCUCUGGUUCAUCAGCUCGGAGAACUUCCUGGUGAUCGCCGGCCGCGACCAGCAGCAGAACGAGAUGAUCGUCAAGCGCUACCUGCGAGCAGGAGAUCUUUACGUUCACGCUGAUCUGCACGGAGCCACGAGCUGCGUCAUCAAAAACCCCACAGGAGAGGCGGUGCCCCCCCGCACGCUCACGGAGGCUGGCACGAUGGCCGUGUGCUACAGCGCCGCGUGGGAUGCCCGCGUGGUCACCAGCGCCUGGUGGGUGCAUCACCACCAGGUCACCAAGACAGCGCCCUCCGGGGAGUACCUCACCACGGGCAGCUUCAUGGUCCGCGGUAAGAAGAACUACCUGCCUCCUUCUUACCUCAUGAUGGGGUUUGGAUUCCUGUUCAAGGUGGACGAGUCUUGUGUCGCUCGUCACAAGGGGGAGCGAAAGGUCAGAGUUCAGGACGAGGACCUGGAGUCGGAGGCGAGGGAAGCGGGGCGACUCAUGGAGGAGGUGUCCGUCGACCUGGAGGAGGUACCCUCUGAUGGGGAGGUGGAGGAGGCGGCGGGGGACAGGGAGGGAGGAGGCCUCCCUGCCACCCAAUCAGAAGACGCCGUCUCGGCCGCCCCCUCCGCUCAGGGUGGCCCCCCACCCCCCAAAGAGGAAGACAGCCAAUCGGAGGGCUCGCAAGAGGAGGAGGAGGAGAGGGUCCAGCCAGGCAGCGGGGACUCCGAUGGCGGGGGCGAUAGUGGCGGGGAGAUGGAUUUCCCCGACACGAACAUCGACCUGUCUCACCUGUCUCAGCCAUCUCACCUACACAUGCACAGGCCCGGCAUGGCAGCUGGGUCCGACGGAGUGCCAGCGAGCACAUCACAAGCCUCGGAGAUGCAGGGAGACGCACAGAGAGAUGAGAAAUCACGGAAACAUCUCUCUGCCAAGGAGCGCAGGGACCUUAAGAAGCAGAAGAAGCAUCCCGGGGCUCAGACAGGGCUCGCCUGCAGCUCAACCCCGCAGGAUAUCGAAACGCCCUUUUCGGACCCCGCGGACCCCUCGGACCACGCGGACCACGCGGACCCCUCUGCUGCUGGAUCCCAGGCCGAGGCGGAGAGGGUGAUGAGAGAGGGCGAGAAGCUGGGAGGGGUGACCCAGCCUGCCCACAAACGUGGCCAGAAGGGCAAGUUAAAGAAGAUUCGGGAGAAGUACGCGGACCAGGAUGAGGAAGAGCGGAAGCUGAGGAUGGAGCUGCUCGGGUCGGAGGGGAAGCCAAAGGAACCCAAACACAAAAAAGGCAAGGGAAAGAAGGAUGAGCACGUGAAACAUAAGCCCGCGCCACGCCCAAUCAACAUCCAGCCUCGGGGUCCGGUGACCCCCGUGGAGCAGGCUGCCAAUCAGCUGAGAGACGUGACGGUCUCCUCUGAGCAGCAGGGGGGCGACGCGGAGGACAAGGACCCGGACGACGGAGAAACAGAGCAGGCCGCAGUCGAGGACGCGGAGGCUGUGCUGGACUCUUUGACUGGGCAGCCGGAUGCUGACGACCUCCUCCUGUUUGCAAUCCCGACCUGCGCCCCCUAUACAGCCAUGACCAACUACAAGUUCAAGGUGAAGCUUACUCCUGGGGCCCAGAAGAAAGGCAAAGCUGCCAAGACGGCCCUGCACAGCUUCCUCCACGCGCGCGACACCACGGCGCGGGAGAAGGAUCUCUUCAAGAGCGUCAAGGAUACGGACCUGUCCAGGAACGUUCCGGGCAAGGUGAAGGUCUCCGCUCCGAACCUGCAGGCCACCAAGCGCAAGUGAUUCCAGCUCCUGGGCACCACCACCACCGCCGACGGCCAACACCUCGCACCCUCGCCUGCGCUCACGGCCUGCGCCACAUGCCUGGCCACAUGGCCAAUACCUUGCUACUGGUGUGAGAUCAAAUUUGACCGAAUAAAAUAUUAAACACGGGGUUUGAACCCUGGGGAUACACAUUCUAUUAUAGCGAUAUGAUUCCACUGUGGAAACAAUACCCGGUCAACACCUGGAAGACACAUGGUCCUCCUGGCGGUCUGUCCGGGGCAGUGACCUGGAAAAUAUUUCCGCACCGCCAGCACACCACAUCCAGUAUAUACCUGUCCCUUACGAUUACCCCGACUACCACUGUUCACAUGCCACCCACUCCAGCCUACCUGCUAACUGGAAUAUAUUCAGUGAGAAAUGUAUCUCUUCCGAUGCCUGCCCGAUACCCGUUGGCCGUGUGGCCGAUACCUGGCGGAUGGCGCAGAAUUUCAUCGCUGGAGCUGUAGCCUGGAACGAAGAUGCUCUGGGAAAAACACCGUCCGUUGCAGCCAGUCGUAGUUGAGGGUACGACUGUUUACACUCAAGACACGGGCAUCGAGUCGUGUGUGCGAGGAGCAAUUACGAUUAACGCAGAUUUAUAAUUCGCGCAUUUGGUAUUCGAGUCCCUGUCAGUGCAUUGCUGUCACGAAGGGAAGGUGCUAUGUUCCAGAGGGAUAUGGUUCUGCCAGUAGGGAGCGUUGAUUGAUGUGCGUAACCCGGAUGGAGUAAUUUGCGGUUUAAUUUUUUUACACACCAUUACGCCGGCACACAAUGGCCUAACAUCCACUGUGAAACAAACUGCAUAUUUAUACAGAUGUACGCACGACGUAGUAAUAACCAGGACGGCCUGCCGGAUUCGAACUGCCUACCUGACAUGGCUGGGCCACGUCACCAGGCUGCAUGUGAACGUGGAGCGGUGGUCCAGCGGUUUGCGCACCGCGGUACAAACACGGUGAGGGCAGUUCCGAUUCCGAGACGCGGGUGACAUCGGUCGCGGGUGACAUCCCGUCCUCUCCGCCCUUCACCAAUCCGCGCUGCCAGCGUGAAGUAUGGUCGUAAUAGCACGCUGACCGACACUGCGUGAGGAGAAGAGGCUUUCAGCCGUUGGUGGAUAGAGAAUGGCUGGGAAUCAUGCUUGUAUGCGAAUGUGGCAUUCCGGCUAGACAGCAGCAAACUCAGCGGCACCAACCAGGUCGAAACAACGAGACGGGGGGAGGGUGGGGGGGAAACGAGAUCAACGGGAAUGCUUUGCGGGACCCGGAAUCGUGACAAUCCAGUCACGUUGCUGGGGGUGGGGGGCAUCGGGGCAGGCCUGGCUCCAGCUGCUCUCGGAUUCGGGGGGGGGGUCAACUUUGGUGGGGCGCAGGGACGAUUAGUGGCACAGGGCCCAUCCCAGGGCCCAUCCAAGGGCCCACCAUCAAGCCGGCCCUGCUCCGGUUUUUGGGUAAAUCGUUACGUGGCCAUUAGCCAUGCGCAGUCACAUCUGGAUAUAAGCACAUCCCCCGUGGGAGCAAAUCCAGCUGCCUAUAUCCCAUAUGGUGUGCUUGUAUCAGAAGUUCCCUCCUUCCCCCCUACCAGUUUCAUAUAAUGAUGUGUUGCUUGUAUUAUAAUAACUGUGCUUACAUCAUCCAAUCCAAGCGUCCCAAUAUAAAAAAUAAAAACAUGACUGCUAUUACA